GGGAGUCGUAGUCUGCGCCCCUCGCGGUCGGCGGAGUAUCAUGGCGUCCGGCGCUGCGCUCGCGUACUCUGCUGCUCGGCCCCAGAAAGUUUCGGUUCUGCCCCGCUGUGGACUCUCAAGUGUGUGCCACCAUGGAGUCUGACGGGUGCUGACGGGUAGCCACAUAUCUACUGAAUUGCUACCCUUGCCUGAACCACAUAUCCAAGAGGGGUGCCCGUCAUGGCUUCCACCAGUGCUGAGAGCCAGCUUCAGAGAAUUAUACGUGAUCUGCAAGAUGCAGUGACAGAACUAAGCAAUGAAUUUAAGGAGGCAGGAGAACCCAUCACAGAUGACUGCACCAGUUUGCACAAGUUUUCUUAUAAACUUGAGUAUCUCCUGCAAUUUGAUCUAAAGGAGAGGGCCAGCCUCCUGGGCAACAAAAAGGACUAUUGGGAUUACUUCUGUGCUUGCCUGGCCAAGGUGAAGGGAGCCAACGACGGGAUCCGAUUUGUCAGGUCCAUCUCAGAGCUCCGAACUUCUCUGGGGAAAGGUAGAGCUUUCAUUCGCUACUCUUUGGUGCACCAGAGGUUGGCAGACACCUUACAGCAAUGCUUCAUGAACACCAAAGUGACCAGUGACUGGUACUAUGCAAGAAGCCCCUUUCUGAAGCCAAAGCUGAGCUCCGACAUUGUGGGCCAACUGUACGAGCUGACAGAGGUUCAGUUUGACCUGGCAUCAAGGGGCUACGACCUGGAUGCUGCCUGGCCAACAUUUGCCAGGAGGACACUGGCCAGCGGCUCUUCUCCUUACAUGUGGAAACCACCUAGUCGAAGCUCCAGCAUGAGCAGCUUGGUGAGCAGCUACCUGCAGACUCAGGAGAUGGCCUCCAGUUUUGACCUGAAUAGUCCUCUAAACAGUGAGGCACUGGAAGGUUUUGAUGAGAUGCGGGUGGAGUUGGACCAGUUGGAGGUGCGGGAGAAGCAGCUGCAGGAGCUUGUACAGCAGCUGGACAAGGAGAACCAGGAGCUGAGGGUAACAGUCAGCAGGCAGGGGGAGCAGCUACAGGCAGAGAAGGAGAGUGGGCACCAUUCAGCAGAGGGCAGCAUCUGCUUCAUGGGCCUGGUAGCUGAGCUUCAUAAACAGGGGGAGAUCUCUCAGGGCACUGUGAAGGAGCUACAGACAUGCCUGCAGGCUCUGAAGGUGGGUAUAUCUGAGAAAGAGGAGGACAGCACCUCAGCCCUGCAGCGAAUGGAGGCCAUGUUGCAACCCCUGGUCCAGGGAGCACAGGACUCCCUAGGCAGAAAGAACCAGCUUCUAGCCAACCUCUCUGACUGGCUGGCCAGGGCUGAGAAGAGGGCAAACCCAGCCCUGGACACAAAGUGGCAGUUAGAGCCAGUUCCCACCGACAGGGCCCUGAAGAUCCAAGAACUGGGGGAGAAGCUUCGAGCCUUAGAACAGGAGCACACCAAGGUUCAGGAGCACAACAGGCAGCAGAGCACCCAGCUAACACAGUUGGCCAAGGAUUUACAGCUAAAGGAGGAAGCCCGGGCUAGCUUGGAGGACCUGGUGAAGGAGAUGGCCCCACUUCAGGAAGAGCUGGCUGGGAAGAAGCAGGAGGCAGCACAGCUCCGAAGACAGCUGCAGGAAUCACUGGCCCACUUGAGCUCUGUGGAAGAGGAGCUGGCAGAGGCCAGGCAAGAGGAAAAGCGGCAGCGGGAAGAGAAGCGGCUGCUGGAACAGGAGGCCAGGUCUCUAACAUGGCAGCUGCAGCUUUUGGAGACCCAGCUGGUCCAAGUGAGCCAGCUUGUGAGUGACCUGGAGGAGCAGAAAAAGCAGCUUAUCCAGGACAAAGACCACCUCAGCCAGAAGGUAGGCACACUAGAGCAGAUGGCUGAGCCACCUGGGGCCAGCGAGACAAGCGAGAUCCCAGCGUCACUGAACUCUGUCCCUGCACAAGCUGGGAAGAAGUCAGAGGAGGGGCAUCAGUGCCUGCAGGAGGUGGACAGUACCAGGAUGUCAGGGGAUAGUGAGGAGCUACAGCAAGUCAAUCAAGAGCUGCAGAAGGAGUUGCAGAGCAUGGCUGGUCGUAACCAGCUCCUGGAGGGCAAGCUGCAGGCCUUACAAACUGAUUACCAGGCUCUGCAGCAGCGAGAAGCAGCCAUCCAGGGCUCCCUGGCUUCUCUGGAGGCUGAGCAGGCCAGCAUCCGACACCUAGGUGAACAGAUGGAGACAAGCCUCCUGGCUGUGAGGAAGGCCAAAGAAACCAUGAAGGCCCAGGUGGCAGAGAAGGAGGCUGCCCUGCAGAUCAAGGAGAGUGAGUGCCAGCAGUUGCAAGAGGAGGUGGAGCGGUGCCAUAAGUGGGCAGAGGCACAGGACCAAGAGUUCAGGGCUCUUCAGAACCAGUGCCACCAGCAAACUCAGAUUAUCGAGGCCCUCUCUGCAGAGAAAGGCCAACAGGGACUCAGCCCACUCCAAGACAAAGCAGCCCAGCUGGCCCUGUCUCAGACACAGCUAGAAAUCCCCCAAGGGGAGUUCCAACGGCUACAAGCUGAGGUGGUAGACCUCCAGACCAAGCUCAGGGUGGCCUUGGGUGAUCGGGACAAAGUACAGAGCCAGUUGGGUGUGGCUGAGGCGGUUCUAAGGGAGCACAAGACCCUGGUGCAGCAGCUGAAGGAGCAGAACGAAGCUCUCAACAGAGCCCAUGUGCAGGAGCUGCUGCAGUGCUCAGAGCAGGAGGGGUUGCUUCAGGAGGAGAGGGCCAGUGAGAUCCAGCACAGGGAGCAAGAGCUUCAGGCACUGCAGGUAGAGUUGUCCCAGGUGAGAUGCAGCUCUGAGGGAGCCCAGCUGGAGCAUGCAGAACUGCAGGAGCAGCUGCAUCAAGCAAACACAGAAACAGCUGAGCUUGGCAUUCGGGUUUGUGCCCUAACUGCUGAGAAAGAGAGGAUGGAGGGGAUCCUAGCCUGUGUGACCCAGGAGCUCCAGGACUCCAAAAAGGAAGCUUCAAGAGAGCGAGAAGAUUUGAAAAGCCAGGUAGCAGGGCUGCAACAAGAAAAGAACAUCUUGCAAGAGAAACUGAAGGCCGCUGAGGAGGCAGCCAGCUCACUCUCUGGCCUGCAGGCCCAGCUAGUCCGGGCUGAGCAAAGGGCCCAAAACCUCCAGGAGGAUGCAUACCAGGAGCGUGAUGCCCUCAAGUUCCAGCUGAGUGCUGAGCUCGUGGACUACCAGAACAGACUGAAGACUGCCAGUGAAGAGUGCAGGAGCCUCAGGGCCCAGCUAGAGGAGCAAGGCCAGAAUUUGCAGCUUGCUGAGGAGGCUGUGAAUGAGCUGAAGGCCACAGAGGCAGCUAUGGAGGAGAAACUGAACUGUACCAGCAACCAUCUUGCAGAGUGCCAGGCCACUGUGCUGCGCAAGGAUGAGGAGAGUGCUGCCCUGCGCGCAAGCCUGGAAAGGACCCAGAAGGAACUUGAAAAGGCCUCAUCAAAACUCCAAGAGUAUUACAACAAACUCUGCCAGGAGGUGACAGACCGAGAGAGGAGUGAUCAGAAGAUGCUUGCAGACCUGGACGACCUGAACAGAACCAAGAAGUACCUGGAGGAGCGGCUGAUAGAGCUUCUCAAGGACAAGGAUGCUCUCUGGCAGAAGUCUGAUGCACUGGAAUUCCAACAGAAGCUCAGUGCUGAGGAAAGGUGUCUUGGGGACACAGAAGCCAACCACUGCCAUGAUUGCAAGCGAGAGUUCAGCUGGAUUGUCCGGCGGCACCACUGCAGGAUCUGUGGCCGUGUCUUCUGUUACUACUGUUGCAACAACUAUAUCAUAACCAAGCACAGUGGCAAGAAGGAGCGCUGUUGUCGAGCCUGUUUAAGGAAGUUCAGCGAAGGCCCUGGUUCCCCUGAUAGCAGCAGCUCAGGCACCAGCCAGGGAGAGCCAAGUCCCAUGCUCUCACCAGCUGAAGAGGGGCUCCAAACCAUAGGAAGCCAAGGAGUAAACCCAGACUACAGACCACCAGACGAUGUUGUGUUUGACAUCAUCACCGAUGAGGAGUUGUGCCAGAUCCAGGAUUCUGGCUCCUCCUUGCCUGAAACACCCACAGAAACUGAUUCUCUUGACCCGAAUGUGGCUGAACAGGACACCACAUCAAAUUCUCUAACCCCUGAGGACCCUGAUGACAUGCCCAUGGGGCAGGAUGCUGAAAUCUGCUUGCUGAAGACUGGAGAGCUAAUGAUUAAAUUGCCCCUCACAGUGGAUGAGAUCGCCAGCUUUGGGGAAGGCAGCAGGGAGCUGUUUGUGAGGUCCGGCACCUACAGCCUGAUCCCUAUUACUGUGGCCGAGCCAGGCCUCACCGUCAGCUGGGUAUUCUCCUCUGACCCCAAGAGCAUCUCCUUCAGUGUGGUCUUCCAGGAGACAAAGGACUCACCACUCGACCAGUGCAAGGUCCUUAUUCCCACUACCCGGUGCAACUCGCACAAGGAGAACAUUCGAGGCCAGUUGAAGGUCCGUACCCCUGGCAUCUACAUGCUCAUCUUUGACAACACCUUUUCCAGGUUUAUCUCCAAAAGAGUAUUUUACCAUCUGACAGUUGACCGACCUGUGAUCUAUGAUGGAAGCGAUUUCCCAUAGCCUCCGGUGCCUGGACUUUGAUAACUUUACUUCAUCCUCAGGAAACACUACUCGCAUUAAAUACACACACACAUUUUCAAAGAAAAAAAUCAAAGGCAACUGUGCUUCAGCUUUUCAGCUGUGGCUCAGGCUGCUAGUGGACGUUGCUUUUGGACACACUGUGCUUGAUGCCACAUACUCAUCACUUAGUCCCCAGGGCUUCUAAGUAUUCAAAUGAUAUUUCCAUUGAUGUCAGAAGCCUGGCUUUCCUCUACCCAAAGGGUUACUCUCCAUAGAUUUAAACCCUAGGGAUAUCAUCAGCCUCUCCUGAGACCACAGUUGGGGACAGCUUCCUGUGGAGUUUCCCAGGCCAGUGGUGGUCUUGAUGCUUGCUCUAGUCACUCUGGGAGACCUUAAGCAGCCCUAGAAAAAGGAGGCCACAGGGCCAUCAUAGAAAUACAGGGGUACCUCUAUGAUCCCCCAGCCUCGUUUAUCCCCCUGUCCUUUACUGUCCCCAUAAGUAGGGGCUGCUCCUCCACCCAGCAGUUCACAAGAAGCCCAAGCUGCAAGGAUUUGGUCCCUGCAACCUUAAGCACAACUUCCAGCUCAGCCAAGACCCUUAGUAGCUCUAAACAUCUAAGAGGGAACCUGAUACAAUCUAGGAAGCAGCACCAGCACACUGAUAGCUCCCUAUUAUGUGAGUGGACAGCUGGAGCCAGGUUCUGGCUAAGUCCCCUACAGCAAAACUAUGCAUUGGCCUCAGGACUCGUACCUCAGCUCUAGUCCUGUUUACAGAUCCCAGAGCUGUUUCUUCUUUACACAGGUGUUUACUAGUGAGCAGAACCAGGGUAAAAACUACAUUCAAAACCUGGCACCUUCCUAGCAAAAGUCUUUGGUAGCUUAAGAAUCAAAAUAAAAAGAGAUAGGCAUAAAUUUAUUUUUGGUCCCCACCUCACCAGCAUCUCCAUUUGCCCACUUCCUGCUAUUCAUCUUAAAACUGACAAUCUGGAGGUGAAUGAAUCCUGUUUUCCUUGACAAGAGAUAACUGCUUGUUCUCUGUGGUCCCUUUCUUUUCCCACCACAGAGAACAGUUCCAUGUGAGGCCAGCAUGUAUAGUGGAAUCCCAAGCAAUUCCUCAGGCAAGCAGAGCACUGAAGGAAGCAUGUCCCUGCAGGUGCCCAUGUGGUCUGAACUCAUCUGCCUUCUUACAAUAGCAGUCUGAGGUCUUGUUCACCAGGAGAAAGAGGUUGCCACAAGAGCACCCAGAACCAGCUUGAAUCUCAUUUUCACUGCUUGGCUUUCCCAGGAUGUGUUGGAGAGUAGCCAUACUUGUAGCCUUCUGCUGGCACUGUCACCACCAUCUGCUACAAGAGCCACCCUUUACUGCGUAACUGAUAUCUUUAGAGGCCUGUGUACUGUAUUGUGUGUUCACUGUGUUCCAGUUUCGUAUGCACUACAUACAUAGAGAACAUUCAGUGUGAAUUUUACACAUAACCCUAUUCUUAUUUUAAAUAGUUGCCAACUUUACUGAAGUUUGGUCUUUGGGGCAAUUUUUAAAAAUGCAAAUGACAAUUGAAGAAUCAUUGCAGAAGGUGGUAGCCCAACUUGCCUAAUUAUACUACAAAUCACAAUUACACUUGGCAUACCAGAUCACUGUUAAAUGGCUCAGCUUCCUCAGUAAUGUUCACUUUUUCAUACUGAUGCUAGCUGCCUGUUCACCAAUGCCACUAAGCUACUUCACCCAAGAAAGACAGCAGCCUUCAUGUUUGGGACAAAGUGGCCCUCUGUUCUAGGGGCUCUCAGAGCACUGCUUACUGACAGAUGUACCCCGUGCUCCCAACUAGACUGGACCAAGAGCUGACAAAUUCUCAAGCAAAAUCUGGAGCUGAAAAACACUUUGGGAUGUAGAAAAGAGAGCCAUGUGAUAAAACUCAGAGAGCUGGCAUUUCUGAUGGUGUUCAAUUGUCAUGUAGGUGGUGAAGCUCUUCUUGACCUAAAUGGAAGGCAAUCCUCCUUGAGUAAGAAGUCGGAGGUGGUUAGAUGUUCACUGAUGGGUUUUGUCAGCUUUGUUUUUAAAGUCAGCCUUGAUAAUUCUACCUGUGAGAAUUCUUUAAAUCAGCAAACAUUUUUGGCUGUGAGAUAUAGGGAAAUGAAAACAAUAGGAGCCAUCCAGAGCUCAGAACCAAGAACUGCCAUACAAAGAUGGGAGAUGGCUGUUCAUGCUAAGCAAAGCAAACACUACUCUUUGGCACCUGGGCACACUUCUCACUUCACUGUGGUUCUUCCAAGGAAACAGGAAAGAAUGAAUAAUUUCCUCUUCCAUCUUAAGCACUUUUUAAAUUUCAGGAGAGACUUCUCUGAGGGGUAUGUUUUUUGGAACUUUGCGAUGUGCAUAUAAUCUAGACAUUCUGCCUCUGGUGGCUGCAGUGACCCUGAGCCUCGGUGGGAAGGCUCAGCAGUUGUAGUGCACUUUAACUGACUAACCUUGUUUUUCAUUGCCUUAAAGGAUUGUAGGUCUAGGAACCUACUUCCUUUUUAUCUGCCAAAGAAUUACCCAGAAGCACGUCAAACACCAACGCCCCACUUGCAUAAAGGAAUGAGAGUUUUGGAUCCCCAAACAUACUUGUUUAUAUAGCAUCUUCUAUGCUAUUUGGAAAUAUUUUUAACCUCAGGAUUUAAAUAAAGCAUACACUAUGACA